GACCUACCACAGGCAAAAUCUGCUCUAUGAAAAAUUGAAGAUGAAAGAGAAGGAAGUUAUGUCAUUUCUUCACAACUUAGAGAUGGAGUACAUUGAGGCCCACAAGAACAACCUGGAGCUAAAGAAGGAGAUAAAUUUCUAUNGAAACCUGCACAGCUGGCUCCUGAUGGAGAAGAAUCUUGUAAAGAAGAAGUUNGUGAUAUUGAAGCAGGAGAGCAAGGAAGUACAGGUUGAUUGGGCCCUCAUUCAUCAAUAUUUGGUGGACUUGAACCUGAGUAAUAAAGAUGAACAGGAGAAGACCAGCAACCUUGAGACUCAAGAACAUCAGAUAGGGACAAACAAUUCG